GGUACGCAGGUUUAACACACCUGAGCCCCAUCACACUCCGCCGGAGUAACGCGGUGUGUUUUCUCUGUGAGAAUCUGCGGAUUUCAUUAAACGUCGAUUAAAGCUGACAUGUCUGACACAACGUCUCAGUUUUGGCUCUGGUUGAUUUUGAUCUUCAGCGUCUUCAUCCCGUCAUCCUCGGCUGAGAAGAAAAACAUCCCAGCUGAGCCUGGACAGACUGUCACUCUGCCAUGUCGAGCUCCAAACAACAACAUCAUAGUUCUAGAGUGGAGCAGAACUGACCUGGAGACAGCAUAUGUCCUUUUGUAUCGGGAUAGGCUGUUUGAAACAGAUGAUCAGCAUCCAUCUUUUAAGGACCGGGUGGAUCUGCAGGACAGACAGAUGAAGGAUGGAGACGUGUCUUUGGUUCUGAAGAAUGUGACGAUUAAUGACACUGGAACAUACAAGUGUCGUGUCGUCCAGAGAGGAACAAACCGCUGAAAGAGAGCUUACCUGAAGACUCCCCCCAUCAGCAUCAUCACUCUGAGAGUUUCUCCUCCAGAGAAGAAAAACAUCCCAGCUGAGCCUGGACAGACUGUCACUCUGCCAUGUCGAGCUCCAAACAACAACAACAACAACAUCAUAGUUGUAGAGUGGAGCAGAACUGACCUGGAGACAGCAUAUGUCCUUUUGUAUCGGGAUAGGCUGUUUGAAACAGAUGAUCAGCAUCCAUCUUUUAAGCACCGGGUGGAUCUGCAGGACAGAAAGAUGAAGGAUGGAAACGUGUCUUUGGUUCUGAAGAAUGUGACGAUUAAUGACACUGGAACAUACGAGUGUCGUGUCGUCCAGAGAGGAACAAACCGGUGGAAGAGAGCUUACCUGAAGACUCCCCCCAUCAGCAUCAUCUACCUGAGUGUUCCUCCUCCAGGUGAGUGA